GGCCAUAGUAACUGCUGCUAAGUUUCACCUGAGAACUAUAUCAGCAAGCUUCACCAGUAGAGAAACACUUGCAGGCCUCGAAGGAUCUACUUUUAUUUUGGACUGUUUCUUCAUUUUAAGGGUCAUAAUGGAGCCUGUAUUCAGAAGCGUGAGGCUAAAGGUAGCUGUGCUGUUCGUGGUAACGAUUCAGCUAAGGACAGAUGUGACAGAGGCGAUGGAAAUAACAUCGUCUGGGCCACAAACCAUUCAAAAGCCCCUGGGGGUGACAGUCAACCUGGGAUGCACCUACACCCCUGGCCCCCAAGACACAGGCGAGCUGGACAUUGAGUGGUCCAACCUCAGCCCAGACAUGACACUGAAAGACCAACUGAUCUUAUCAUAUACAGGGAGCCAGACGCACUACUACGGUGACACCAGCCUCUCCAAAAAGCUCCGCUUCAUAGGGGACCCCAAGCAGGGGGACGCUUCCAUCUCCAUCUCAGAUGUGAGGCUCUCAGACACGGCCACCUACCAGUGUAAAGUAAAGAAGGCACCGGGUGUUGACACGCGAAAAGUCACUCUGGUGGUGAUGGUUCCCCCGUCAGUGCCAAAGUGUUGGGUUGAAGGUGGCGAGGAGAAAGGUGGCCCAGUCUCCCUCCGCUGUGAAUCCUCUCAGGGAUCCACUCCUCUCAGUUACACAUGGAAGAGAGAACAGGGUGCUGCAAUGCCAUCAACUGCAACCCAAAGCCACCAGCCUGGGGAGCUUUUGAUAAGUAACCAUACAGAAAACAAUGCUGGAAGUUAUGUGUGUGAGGCGAAAAAUGCCGUUGGCAAAGCACAGUGCAAAUAUGAACUGCAUGCAUACAACCCAACCAAUAAGGCGGGUGUGAUAGUUGGGGCAGUGAUAGGUGCUCUCCUUCUGCUGCUUCUCCUGCUGCUUCUCAUCUGGCUCCUGAUCUGCUGCUGCCAUAAGCGUCGCUAUGAGAAGGAGGUCGCGAAUGAAAUAAGGGAAGAUGUCCCAGCCCCUGACAGCCGACCCACGAGCAGAAACUCCAGCCUCCGCUCAGUGUUGGGGUACCGCACGCACCCGGGAGUGCUGUACAGCUCGGUGAGGAGCCACCUGCCUAAUAUCAGAGAAUCUGGCCGCAGUGUCAUCUUCACAGGCGGGAAUAACAGGAUGUCACCGCAAACCACUGCAGGGGAAAAACCUGCUCCCCUCCAAUACGACCAUGAAUUUGGAUACCCUGUGUAGCUGCAAUCCAAAUGCAAAAAAAGACGUUCUGCUUUUGGUAUUAAACUACACCCUCUGAAGAAAUGACUUGUAAAGAUUCUUUACAACUCUUGUGAAGAAUGUACAGUAUGUUUGUGCAGUAUAAUAUAUUUAACCGGAGAACAAUGGGAGUGCUGGUAUACAACUACUGGUGACUCAUAAUUUUUUUUUACCUCAGCCCUUUGGACAAACACAAAUUUGCAAAUGACUGUCUUUCAUGCUGAUCUGUAAUACAUCACAGCUGUUGUAAGCAAGUUUUUUUUUUCUUAAUCAAAGUCAUUAUUACACUGCUUUAGCUAAAACUGUUAAUGUACAUACAUUUUUUUUUUUACUUUUAUAUAUAAUGCAUUUGUAACUCAAUGAGUUUAUUACUUUGAAAAAAAGAAAUUUAAGUUAAAUGACAAAACAUAGUAGAAAAACAUUUGAAGCACAAGAUGGAGGAUGUGAAGAAUUUUGUUUUUCUGGGGAAAAAAUGUCAAGCUUAAUUGAGUAAGUUGUAUUUUUUGUCAUCAUAAAAAAGUCACACACUUUGUUUCGACACGCAAAAUUACAUAUGAGAAAGUGAUCAAUUGAUCUAUAUGAUCAGGGGUUCAAAUACAACUCAAUCAGAGGUGUUGAAGAGUUUUGAGGGAUCAUUAAAAACGAACGAGGUGCAAAACUAGGUGAUGAAUUAUGUUCUUAUGGUCACAUAUUCAGACUAUCUGUGUUUUCAUAACUUGAUAUUGUCAGGGAUGUAACUGGAUCAAUAUAAAUUCACACAGAGUUGCUCAUGAGUCAGACAGUGAAGUCAGUUUUCAUUCUUGUGUAAAUUUGCCUUCUGGAAUUCUCUUUUACAGAACAAAACACUGCAAAAUUCCUAUGAAUGUGUUGUGUGUUUGUCCAGUUUUUGCAAAGUAGCCAGUAAACUAGUUAUUGGAGUAAUAGUGUUCAGUUGAGUCACUAACCUGCAGCUGCCCCCAUCAGCAGUCAGCAUUCUGCCUGCGGCCAUAUCUCUUCAAAAGAGCCUGCCUUGGCCUGAGCACAUCUUCAAACUGAAUGUUGAAUUAAUAAGAGCUGCUACAAGUGGUUAAGGUUGGUGGGGCCCCCUCUAAUAAAUUUCUGCCCUGGGCCCCUAAGGGCAGGACUCUGGCUCGGCAUUUGUUUAGAAUCCCCCCCCCCCCCCCCCAGGGAUUCUCUUCUGUGUUUGUCUGUUUGACUUGUCUGUCACCUUUUGCAUGCACAUACUGUAUCUGCAACUGUAUCAUUCUGUUUGCUCAAUUCAAUUUUUUUUAACAUUUUCAUGCAUGAAUUAUGAAAGCCCAAGUCAUGUUUUUCGCCUGUGUUUUUAUUCUCAAUUAGAAUGUGAAAAAAUAUUUUGAAUUUUAUCUUUUCUUUCUUUUACAGCAGGUGUUUUUCUUUGGAAUGUAAAGUGUUUUGUAACAGUGUAAUAAACAGAACAUUGUAUAUCUGG